AUGAACAUUUUCUAUGUUCUUUGCGUCAUCAUGCUGAUGCUCGCGGGUUCCGAUUGCAGGCAGGCUCGUAAAGUCCCGCUUAAUAAUCCUGCGAAUCAGAGAAACACUCGACACGCCAAGAAUGCAAACUGCCGCAGCGUAAUAGAUCCCCCGAAGAAGAUAGUCGAAAAAAGCAGCAACAUCGCGCAAAAGGCGGCCGCGGAAGCAAAGGCUGCGUCCGAAGCUCAGAAUAUCGCUGGUCAACAGGCAGCACGUCAAGUGAAGGCGCAAUUGGCGGAGAAGGCGGCUCAAGCUGCAAAAGCCGCGGAGGCGGUCUUAUCGGGCAAGGAAGCGGUGGUCGAGCAGUUGCGGAAGGAGGUCAAAGAGGCACGAUCGGUGGUUCAGGAAGAGACGUCCUCCCUGCAACAGGCGCAGGCAAAUGUUAACGCUGCGAUCCAAGCGGCACGGCAAUCCCAGGAUCAGUUGAGAACACUGACGAGCGCGAUGCAUAUGGCCAAGUCGAACGCGGCGAACGCGCAGACAGCGGCGAGCGGGGCGCAGAAGUCGCUGCGAGAAAAGGAAGAGCUGCUGGAAGCGGCUAAGAGACGAGUGGACGAGCUGUCGAGUCAGUUGCAAACCGCCCGGCAGGAUUUCGCGAACACGAACCGCGCGGCGGCCAAAGCGAACGCCGCCGCGCACGAGGCAAAGGCGAAUGCGGCCAGGAACAAAAGGAGAUUGGCGAGUUUGAGGAGAUUGCGCGCCGCGCGAUCGAUGCGGGUCACACCCUGA